AUAGGAAGAGAAGAAAAGAAUUUAUUCAGAUUAAAAGUUUCUUCCAGAAAGCAACAACUUCCAUUCGAAACAGGUUUUCUAAGAUCAAAUAUUGGUUGUUUGUUGUAAUUCUGUUGUUUUUUCGGACGGAAGUAACUUUGAAGAAAAUGUAUAAGUUAAAAAAGCCAACCUAUCUUCCAAGUCAGAGCCAAAAAUAUGGCCAAAUUCCAAGUAUAGAGAUGUGUACUAAGGAUGAUACAGCGACACCUGCAUAUGAUUUUAAAGUCGAAGCUAAAUUUGUGUCACGCCCCAAUGAACUCAAGUUACCAGAAAAGCCUGUGUCUCUUGAAAGAAAGUAUCAUGGCUACAAUAGGCUACCAAAUUUCCGUAUAUACUCACCAGUAGUUCCACUGGUGGAAUUGAAUGAACCUUUAAUUGGCAAAGGCCUUGUGAAUCAAUUUCGAAUCGAGAACCUACACUUGCCAAUCAUUCACUGGUGA